AUGGAUGAAAAAACAAGUGAAAAUAGUACAGAAAGUGAUUCGAGUACGAAAAAUUCAUCAUCAGCAUCAAAUAAAGUAAAAUCAUUAAGAACAAUUUUGGCUUUUUGGAUUCUGGGACUUUGUAACAAUUACAUUUAUGUUAUUAUGUUAAGUGCUGCACACGAUAUUAUACACAGAGUUGAAGUUAACAAUUUAAAUGAAACAAAUUUAGUACCGGAAGAAAAUGAUUAUAAUCGAAAUUGUACGCAAUUAACGACGGGCGCCAUUCUUUUAGCGGAUAUCGUUCCAACUCUUUUUGUUAAAUUAAUUUGUCCAUUUUUACCAUUUUUGGUUCAUUUUCGGAUUGGUUUGGCUGUAAUUACGGGAAUUCUUUCUUUGGUACUCGUUGCAAUUUCCGAAUCUGUUACUCUUGCUAUUAUUGGAAUUUGUUUUGCUUCAUUUAAUUCAGGUUUAGGAGAAAUUACUCUUUUGGCAUAUUCAACGAAUUUUCCUUUAUAUGCUGUUGCAUCAUGGUCUUCAGGUACAGGAGGAGCCGGAUUAGUUGGGUCUUUUGCAUAUGCAGGUAUGACAGAAGGAGGACUCUCACCCGAAGUCGCUUUGCUAACGAGUAUUUCCGUACCGAUUCUAAUGGCAAUUUCAUUUUGGAUUAUUUUAGAACAUCCCAAAGAAUACAAAACCUUUUACCGGUGUAAGAGGAAAACAGAAACUACUACUACUACCAGUGAAUCAAAUAAGAAAAGUUUGUCAAAGAUAAUAAAAGAAUUUAAAGAAAAAUUAAAAUAUGUGCCAAAACUAAUAAAAUUUAUGAUUCCUGUUGGUUUAGUUUAUUAUUUUGAAUAUCUCAUAAACAGUGGAUUGUUUGAUAAAUUUGAAUUCACAAACACUAUAAUUUCAAAAAGUAGUCAAUUUAGAUGGUUUAAUGUUAUGUAUCAACUUGGAGUUUUCAUUUCAAGAUCAUCAGUUUCAAAAAUUCAUUUUGAAAAAAUUUGGAUCAUGUCUUUGUUACAGGGAAUUAAUUUUAUUAUACUUUUUCUUGAAGCCAUUUAUGGUUUUAUUCCAAAUGUUUGGAUAAUGUUUAUUUUAAUAUUUUGGGAAGGUUUGCUUGGGGGUGCUGCUUAUGCAAAUACAUUUUACAACAUGUCAUACAUGGUUGAUAAAAAAUAUAGGUUGUUUGCAUUAAGCAUUGCAAGUGUUGCUGAUACUUUUGGAAUAGUUCUCUCUGGAGUAUCUGCAUUUCCUCUUCAUACUUUCAUUUGUAAUUUACCAUUUGAAAAAUAUUUUUUCCGAUGGCCUUGA